AGAGAAGAUAUGGCUGUGUGUUGCCGUGACGUAUUUGUUUCAGGGGAUUGCUUAUUCAGAAGAACUCAGAAGAAUGAAGAGAACUGUGGAUCCUGAAGCAUUUAUGAAUAUUAAUGAGCUCAUUGCUUACAAAGGAUACCCCAGUGAGGAGUAUGAAGUGACGACAGAAGAUGGUUAUAUUAUUACCAUUAACAGAAUUCCUUAUGGUACACAGAACCAGGGAAAUCCAGCUUUGAAACCUGCUGUGUUUCUCCAACACGGAUUAUUGGGAGACGCUAGUAACUGGGUCACAAACCUGCCCAACAACAGCUUGGGCUUCAUGCUAGCCGAUGCUGGUUUUGAUGUUUGGAUGGGAAAUAGCAGAGGGAAUCGCUGGUCCAGAAAACAUCAAAAUUAUUCCAUUGAUCAAGAGGAAUUCUGGGCUUUCAGUUUUGAUGAGAUGGCAAAGUUUGAUCUUCCAGCAGCAAUAAAUUUCAUUGUGGAGAAAACCAGACAGGAAAAGUUGUACUAUAUUGGCUAUUCACAAGGUGCUACUAUUGCUUUCAUUGCAUUUUCAACAAUGCCAGAGCUGGCUCAAAAAAUCAAACUCUAUUUUGCGUUGGCACCUGUCACUACUAUUAAAUAUGCUAGAAGCCCAGCAACAAAACUCCUCUACCUUCCUGAAAAAUUGCUCAGGGGUUUGCUAGGCAAAAGAGAAUUUCUCCCCCAGACUGAAUGUCUAAGAAGGCUAAUAGCUCCUGUCUGCAGCCACCGAGCUUUUGCCCAGCUUUGUAGAAGUGUCUUCUUCAGUCUGGGUGGCUGUAACCUGAAAAACAUUGACAUGAACCGAAUCAACGUGUAUAUUGCCCAAACCACCUCUGGAACUUCCGUGCAGAACAUACUCCACUGGAGUCAGGAGGCCCACUCGGGGCAGUUCCAAGCUUAUGACUGGGGCAGUUCAAAGAAGAACAUGGAAAAAUACCAACAGGCUACUCCUCCUCCCUACAACGUAGAAGAGAUGACUGUACCAACUGCAGUAUGGACUGGGGGUCAAGACUGGCUUGCAGAUGCCAAGGAUGCAGCCAUUUUACUGUCUCAAAUCAAAAGGCUCAUCUAUCACAAGAGGAUUCCUGAAUGGGCACAUCUGGAUUUCCUCUGGGGAUUGGAUGCACCUUUGCGCGUGUACAGUGAAAUUAUUGAUCUGAUGCAGAAGCAUCCUUAACCCACAACCAGUAGCCAUACCUGACUCAUUCAGUGAUACUUGCUUUCACUCGGUAUGAACAAAACCUUCUGCAUCGGCUGGUUUCUGCUGGAAUCAGAUAAAGGGUUCCUCCUGGCACUAUUUUCACACCACAUGUCAAUGCAAUGCUUUUUGCAUCUUGGUAGUGCACUUCAUAUUUUCUGGUAACCUGGUGGGUCAGUAAUCACUUUCUAUUUGAUACAGCUUAGAUUUUGCAAUAACAAUACUACACUAACAGAAGACAGGGUUUUCUGCUCUCUUCUUUAGAUCCUAACAGUAAUGAAAGCUCUGACUUGUUCUGGAUACAGUCAGUAAUCUCAAGACAUUUUCCAUUCUUCAUAUAAUUUCUCAGUUUAUUGGGUUGGCAGUUAAUGAAAGGCAUAGUGUAAGCCAAGACUAAUUCUAACAGUUAUGGUAUUGAUUAAUUUUAUUAUUAGAUGAGACAACGACCAGAAAGUAAAAACUGAGUUCGCACAAAAAAAAUCACUCCUGAAAAAAAGAUGGUUUGUCUUCAUUUGAAACAGGGCUGCUUACUUUUUUCAUACAAGGGACACAGGGAGGGUAGGCCCAGCAGAAAACAGUAGCCAGUGUCAUGGUUUAAGCACACACCUGCAUGAUGGGAAGCUUGGG